ACUUACAACUGCUAGUCAAACGGAACCACGAUGAAGCGUUUUUUUCUUGCUCUGAUCUUCACCCUACUUGGAGUUGCAAAUGCCAACCAAGAACUCCCCGUUCGGCCUCGUCCAUGGUGGAACGCUUCAUCGCGAAUGGUUCUGUCGCCAGCACCUUUGGAACCGAUGGGUCGAAUCGUUGGUGGUUUUCCGGCGGAUAUCGUUGAUUUCCCGUAUCAGAUAUCCCUGAGCGUUCUCGGCAACCAUCAGUGCGGUGGAUCCAUAAUCGGUUCUAUCUGGGUCUUGACAGCAGCUCACUGUGCCAGUAACUCCACCAGUCCGAAAGAGCUGGUGCGUAUUGGUUCCUCGGAUCGAAUCAACGGUGGUCUACUUGUACCUGUUAAACGAAUUAUUCAGCAUCCCCAGUACAAUCCAGCCUCGAUUGAUUACGAUUUCGCGCUGUUAGAGUUACAAAAAAAGCUACCAUUUGGAAGAUCCAGUGCUCCCAUUCAGCUUCCCGAGCAGGAUGAACCCGUUCCGGAUGGAGCAUUGUGUCGAGUGUCCGGCUGGGGUAACACACAAAACUCGAAAGAAUCCUCCAGAUAUCUACGUGCUGCCAAUGUGCCUUCAGUGAAUGCUAACGAAUGCGCCGCCGCAUAUACGAACUACGGAGGAAUUACUCCCAGGAUGGUAUGCGCUGGUUACAAGCAAGGUGGAAUGGACGCCUGCCAAGGAGACUCCGGUGGCCCGUUGGUGUCGAACGGAAAAUUAAUCGGCGUGGUGUCUUGGGGCAACGGAUGCGCUAAGCCAAAUUAUCCGGGAGUUUACUCGCGUGUGGCCAGCGUUCGCAGCUGGAUCAAACAAGUCAGUGGUGUCUAGGAAAGUUGAUUCUAGGAAGAUCUGAAUUUAGUUCCUUACACAAAACGAAACGAUAAAUAGGAUUCUAAUUAUAAUUAUCUGCUUACUAAACGUUGUUGGUUUAAUGUGUCACGAGACCCACCAUAACGAGCUGCCACUCGAGCAGGUCCCUUUGCAUCACUCCGGAGACCUAGUGAGCGUUUCAUCACCGGGGUGUGACGGAGACUGAUUCGCAAACGUUGCACUAAUUAAAACCAUGUUGACUGUACGACACGAAGGCAACCAUUCCACUCAACA